AUGGAUUUAUGCCGUGCUUGCGGUGGCAGCGCCACCACGAGUCAGAAUGAGGACGAAAACAUCACCCAAUUGGUCGAUGCCUACAACAAGCUGACGGGCAUACAGCUAUCCGAAGUUGUGGACACCGGGCCGAUGUUGUUCUGUGAUGAUUGUAUAAAGGAACUCAAUCACUUCGAUAAGUUCCGAAGGAAAUGUCUCGAGACUUAUCAGAGGCUGAAGGAUGUGAAAGUGGAAGCCUGGCAAGAAGACGGUGCCAUGUACUGUUUAGUGAAAAUGGAAGAUGAAGACGCGAAUGACACUGGAAACUUAUCUGAUAAAGAAGACCCUCACAAGGAUCUUGCUAAGCAAAAUACCAAGAGCAAAAUUGAAAUAAAAGAAGAUGACUCUGAAGAGUCUGAAGAGGAGGAGGAUGAGGAAGGGGCUGAUGAUGGAGAUGAUGAUGAUGAUGAUGCUGAUGCAGACUUUGCCGUUAGUAACGAUGAUAAUAAGGAUAACGACGACGACGAUGAUGAUGACGAUGAAGACGAAAAUGUCCCCUUAGUUGAUGUUCUCAAAAAGAAACCUAAGAAAAAGCGUGAUACGCGGGUCCGCGUCCGGAAUCGAGGCAAGGCGAACAAAAAAGAGCCCAUGAAGUUCCUCGACUGCCCGAAAUGUCCUUCGAAGUUCUUCUACCAGCAUCGCCUUGAAGCUCACCUUCGAGUUCACGAAGGGCUGAAACCGUUUCUCUGUAAACUCUGCGGCAAAAGCUUCAUCACGUACCGGAACUUCAAAACGCAUCACAUCCAGAAGCACACAGACGACAAGAUUCGCAUUCCUUGCGGAUUUCCAGGCUGUGAACAAGUGUUCGCCACCAAACAGGGUGCCAAGAAGCACCGGUUGCGAACCCACGAUCCGAACUACCAAAUACCUGAACAGACGCCAUUCAUUUGUGAUACCUGUGGAAACUCGUUCACAACGAACGGUGGCCUCAAACGGCACAAAUAUACUCAUAAUCCGGAGGAGCUGCCGUACAGUUGUACUUACUGUCCCAAAAAGUACCACACCCGAUCCAAACUAGUCAGCCACACGAAACGGCACCAGGGCAUAUUCGACUUCGAGUGCCCACAUUGUGGCCAGAAGAAGGCGUCCAGGUACGAGGUCAACCAGCACAUCAAAAAUGUGCACGAGAAGCAGAACAAAUCGGAGCCCAUUCCAUGCACAGUGUGUCAGAUGGUGUUCAGCAGCAAGACGUGCCUCAAGCGGCACAUCGACGUUGUGCACAUGAAAAUCAAGAGGUUCACCUGUCCGAUUUGUGGGUUCUUGUUUAGCCAGAAGGAUCACCUCAACAGGCACUUGAAAAGUCACAAAAGGCAAGGAGACAUUGUUAAUUUGCCGGCUGCGGAUGCUCCUCCGGUGAGUAAUUCUGUCGAUGGGGAAGGAAUUGAGCUUGUGCCAUGAUGAGAAUCUUGUAGCGAAACGGUAAAAAUAAAGAUGUCA